UGUUCCCCCUACCUCCUCUACCGGUGUGACAUUCUCCUCCAAUUAUGCAUCACCAAGCCGGACAUCUUUGCCAUAUUCUUUGUUUCCGAAUAUUCCACAGAUGUUUCCAUGGUCGACUCCGGUCCCUGUGCAGCCCAUACCUCUGGAACCGCCACCCUUCUCGGCUGGAUCAUCGUUUGCCGGUCCCACUUUUGUCGGCUCACCUGGUGUCUCCUCUGUCAUCCCUCCCUCUCGCACACCAGCAGCCAGCCCGACUGGUUCACUCCUCACAGAUCUCGCCCAGAGUAUCUCUCAUGUGGCAACUAAUGUCACAAAUAUUGUAACUACCAAAUUAUUAGCGGUGGAAAACUACACUACCUGGCGCACACAGUUCGAAUCGUUUUUGGUGUCCCAAGCUCUCCUUGGCAUGGCUGAUGGCUCCAUUCAGGUACCACCUGCUUAUUCCAUAGAUGCUCUUAACUCCCAAUCCCGAAUUUUCUACUUGGUUAAGAAUUGAUCAAACCAGCCGUUCAUGGUUAUUUGCAACCCUAUCUAGGGAUGUUCUUAUCGAUGUACGUGAUUUAAAACAUUCAUAUGAAAUUUGGGAGCGGUUGGAGUCUCGGUUUAUGUCUGCCAGUUUAGCGAGAUCUAUGGAAUUAAAGCGUUUAUUUAAUCAAAUUAAAAAGAAACCUGAUCAGUCCAUGGAUAAUUAUUUGCGAGAAAUUAAAACAUUAGCUGAUGAUCUUGCCACAAUCAAUUGCCCUGUCCCUCGGCGUGAAAUUUUAAAAACUACUAUUAUGGGACUAGGACCUGAGUAUGAAUCUUUAUUCACUGAUGUGUCCUUAUUUGGACAAAAUUUCCCGUUUGAGACUCUCCGUAAUCAUCUUCUUGAGUUAGAGCAGCGAGUCCUUUAUCUCCGCUCCCAGGAGUCCCAAUCCCUUCAUCAGGCGUUUGGCGCGGCUGUUUCGUCUCCCAGGUAGUCGUCUGGGCAACAGCCGACUCAGCAGAAUUCCGGAUCCACUUACCCGGUCGGGCAGCAGGCUUACCCGGUCGGGCACCCUCGGCAGAACGGCGCUCCGCAACGCGGGCGAGGACGUGGGCGCGGCAGAGGCCGCGGAGGCAGGGGGCGUGGCCGAGGACAGCAGCAGCAGGCAUAUUGGUUCCCCCAGGGGCAGCCAGUUUAUUACCCCGGAGGGGGUGGGCAGCCGAGUACACCUGCAGGGGGUGUGACAUCUACGGGUACUGUUAUUUGUAAUUCUGCUGUGUCACAUUUAAAUAUUAAUGCUUUACCUAUCUGUGUUACUAACCGUAGUCAUACAGGCUUGCCAUCAGACGGGGGUAUUCUCGGAUCUGUUCCCCAUCCUGUUGUCUGUCAAAUUUGUUUUUCUGCAGGUCAUUCUGCCAUUAACUGUCCUUCUCGUUUCACACAACCGACGUCUCCUGCUCUGUUGACUACUCCCGGUGACACUACUCCUGCUCUAUGGUUUCCUGAUUCAGGAGCUUCUACUCAUAUGACUGCAUCUGAAGGACAAAGCGACGGGGGAAAUACUUCUGCGAGCUACUAGUAGUGGGCCACUUUAUCCUCUUCAUCUGCCGUCAUCAUCACCAUUAGUUUUUGCUUCCGUUUUAGCUUCUGGCCCUGUGUGGCACCGUGUAGAUUAGGUCACUGUGGUGAUAGUACUUUAAAGUUUCUUAAGAGAAAACAAUUUUUAUGUAGUCAUACUCCCUUUACUCAUGAGUGUGUGGCUUGUCGCUUAGGAAAAUCACAACGUUUGCCUUUUAUGGAUGCUAGUCAUAAUUCUGUUUUUCCAUUGGAAAUUAUUCAUUCUGAUGUAUGGCAGUCACCUGUGUAUUCAAAUUUGGGAUUUAAGUAUUAUGUAUGUUUCAUUGGUGAUUUUUCUCGUUAUACCUGGAUAUAUCCCAUGUGUCACAAAAAUGAAGUUUUCAUGCACUUUAAAAAUUUUAAAGCUUUGGUUGAAAAUCUUUUUAAUCAGAAAAUUAAAAAUUUUCAAAGUGAUGGGGGAGGUGAAUUUGUUAAUAAUAAUAUGCAGCAAUUUUUUUCUGCUAAUGGCAUUUAUUUUAGAAAAUCUUGUCCUGA